AUGUCAAAUAAAGGAUCAGAUCAUACUAUCGACAUGCAAGAAAAUGCAGAAAGGUUAGUUGUUGCUAUUAGUCCAAAAGGCGAUUUCGUAGUCGAAUUAGUCGGAUUUGUAUCGGUAUCAGAAUUAUCGAAAUUCAAAUUUAAUGUUAAGAAACUGAAUAAAAAUGACUUGAAAUACAGCAAGAGUUUGUCGUACAGGAAACUUUCCCCCAUCCAUACCACAGAAUUUACGAAAGACCAAUUGAAGUUUAUUGAACCCAAAAAAAAGUUGGAUUGGUCUAUUGCCGUAUCAGACAUUCUUAAAUCAGAAACAAAAUCUAGAUUAUUAGCGAUAUCUUGUAUAAGCCAUCAUGACAUGACACCCAAGGGUGAAGAACAACCCAAGGGUGAAGAACACAACGUGACACCCAAGGGUGAAGAACACAACAUGACACCCAAGAGUGAAGACCGCGAUAUGACACCCAAGAGUGAAAAUUACGAACCUGGAUUUGUCGUCGUUUACUUUAUUAAUAUGGAUUAUUCAAAAAUUAAGAUGACAUUUCUAUUUAACGUUAAUGACUAUGGUGGAAUUGUUAAACUGUUUUCCAACAAUGAUAAUAUAAAAAAGAUUGAUGAUUCCAACAAUGAUGAUAUAAAAAAGAUUGAUGAUUCCAAUAAUGAUAAUAUAAAAAAACUUGAUGAUUCCAACAAUGAUAAUAUAAAAAAUAUUGAUGGAUGUAUUCUUGUGAUUUUAAAUGUCACCGGAAUCUAUAAGUAUCACUUUGGGAACUUUGAUAAACCUCCUGACAAGACUCAAAUGAUACUACAUUUGGUAGAUACUACACAAGAUAGUGCUCCAUACAUGGAGCUUUAUGAUUUAAAAACUGAUCAAUUAGUAUAUUCCUUUCAAAGAGAGAAUUUAAAUAUUACGAAUUACAUAGCUGACAUUCCAAGUGAUUUUGCGAUAUCAAACAAUAACAAAUUUUUGGCCUAUAAAUCUGGAAAGCGGAUCAAAUUAUACUUGAUUGAAUGUGGUCUUGAAAUAGCAUUUAUAAUGCUUGAGGAGGACAAACCAUCUUUUGAUGACUAUUUCAUGCUUUUUUUUAAUAAUGACGAAAAGUUAUUG